GAAAUAUACUUGGUCAUUUAUCCGGACUCUCACUACCCUGACCUGAGCCUUUCCUUCAUCGUAUCAUACAGCUGCACCAUGCACGACGAUCUCAACACAUCGGCUGAUCGAGUGGGCUUAUUCUCUGAGGCAAUCGAUCUCUGCCAGCAACUCAAUAGCGUCCUCGCGCGAAUCGGGCCGGCUCGCACCAUCCCAGAUGCGACAUAUUCUGUUGGCGAAGACAAGACUACCUCAGAACUGCACGACCUCGAGAGCAUCCUGCAACGCAAAUUCUCAGCGUUGAUCGAAAGAAGAAACGCGGUCCUUUCAACGACCUCAAGAUUGACCGAUGAUCUUCUUCGCCUUAUCUUCCAGCAAGGGUACGAUACUCUGGAAGAACGGACACAGAAGGCUACGUUUGCUCGCCACGUUUCGCACGUUUCACUCCGUUGGCGUACUCUCGCUAUCCAUACAGCACCGCUAUGGACUCACGGAAUGUUCUCUGCUUCAAGGGAUCUUGUCGUCAAAUCAUCUCACCCAUGUUACCCCAAGAUGAUCAACAAAGACCCGUUCAACGCCUGUCUACUUGACAGAGCCAAAGGCUGUCUCCUUAACGUCCUGGUCAAGCUCCCCUAUCGGGGCUCUCACGAGAUGCUCAAUGAGUAUUUCGCGACGUCUCGGGACCGCGUUUCUCAUCUUGAUCUUAUUAUUGAGCCUACCAGAUCUGAUUCGAUUCAGACAGCCUUGCAAUGCAUCGAACGCGCCCAAAAUAUUCUACGCACAUUACACGUCGAGGUCAAGGUCGAAGACUACAACAACUACUUCCCAGUGAUCACGCAACAGAUGUCAGAAUCUCUGCUAUCAAUCAGGCUCCCACGCCUUCACGAGCUCAAGUUAACCGACAUGCUCCUUCCUCCUUCUGGGCCGCGACGCUGGUUGGCUCUCGAACACUGCCGAAAACUUCACCUUUAUCUAUGUAAUGGCUCCCAAUACUUGGCCGCUCCCGUUACGGCACUUCUCCAAAGCACCCCCCAACUUAAUGAGUUGAAGCUCAUGUACUGUGGCGAUGAUUUCGGUAAUCUCGAGAUCAGUAUCCCCCAUAUAGUAGUCCUCACAGAGCUGUCGAGUUUCUUCUGUCGAGUGGAGGAUCCCAGACACGACCCCCCUUUUUCGGUACAUUACCGCUCCUAA